UUCGACACUUGGCGGAACAAGAUGAGAUGUGCUGUGGUGGCGGUGGCAGCCGUCAUGGUCGCCGUCGUCAACAAUGCAGAUGGAGUGAUGCGGGCAGCAGCAGCUGCUGCUGCUGAUCCAGAGCAGCUAGAGACAACAAGACCAGAGCACCAAGAAUUGCACCAGUGGGCUGUGUUUCAUCGGCCGUGGUCGUGCCCGUCCCGGCAAGCUGAUGGUCGGGGCAGUGAUAGUGAUCGUCGGAGUGACAGCCAGAAAAGUGGUGGUGGUGGUGGUGGUGGCAGUGGUGGCAGUGGACGGCCUCUCCCCGCUGCUGGAAGUGAACGCCCUCUUGUCGCUGAGAAUCGCGGGGAGAGCAUACCCGUCUUUGCGGCAGACAGCAGCGCCACGUUUACUGCGGGAACUGUGGCGUGGCGAAAGACGGAGAUGCUGUUUGGGCUGUCUGUACAGAACAAACACGGGACCACGGUGCGCAACAUAACGGAGGCCGAGUUUGAGCGGUUCAUGGCGCUGUCCGUGCUGCCGCGGUUUCCAAACGGCACCACGGUAACGAACGCAACUGGGUCCUACCUGAGCCGUGUCACGCACACGGACGUUCGCGAGCGAUCCAAGUACCUCCUCGUCUAUCACCCCGACACCCCAGUUUUCGCUGAGCGCAUCCAGGCCAUCACACAAGACUACAUGCGCGACUACCAGCAGGAAUCCGUCCUGUACACGAGCAUUCCAGCCACCGUCUGUUUCAGCGACUGCGGAUGCGUGGACCUUGGUGGCAGGGCGCAGAGCCGUGCGCAGCGUAUGCCUGUGUCUUUACCGCCGUCACAUCAGCAGCAGCCGCUGCUGUCAGGCACACCGGCUUCAAUGCUCGUGCUUCCUGGCCUGCCUGCGCAAGUGGUGCUGCCUGCAUUGUUGGCGCUAACCCUCCUAAACACCAUCGCCGUAGUCUACAUCCUGUUGAACAAGAGCCAAGGCGCCAGCAGACGAUCGAAACACAAGGCGGCACUCACACCUGCAAUUGCAACAUGAACAGCAACGGCAACCACAUCAGCUCUCCCUUAGCUUGACUAAUGAUCAAAAAGGCUGUUCCAAGAGUAUUCCUGU